AUGGCCUCAGAGCCCGCACCGACAGAACCAAACUUCGGCGCUUCGCAAACCUCGGAAGGAGAGGAGAGUCUCAGUCCGCUCGAACAAGAGGUCUUGGAUGAGUAUGCGAGAUUGUUGGGGAAUUUGAAUAAUCUAUCAUCCCUCCUCCUAACGCUCUCCAACAACCCCAGCGCCGCGAUCCUCGAUGGGCUCCGCGGGUUAGAAAGGAAAACAAGUUUGGUGUUUACGCUGCUCAAGGCGAGUGUGUAUAGUAUUGUGUUGAAUCAGCAGAUUGAUACUGAGGGCGGGGAUGGGGAUGGGGAGGGCGAGACGGGGGGGUUGAUGGAGGAUGAGUAG